AUGAUAAAGGAGGAUAAAAAAAGUUCAAAUAAAGGAGACCAUGAAAGGGAGACCACUAAGCGCUUUAAGGAUUCGCUCGGAGAAGAACUUCAAGUGGACAGGACGUUGUUAUGCUACAAAGCAUUUUAUUUCCUAUUUUUCGCUGGAUUUGGAGCGUCGUUUCCAUAUAUGGCACUAUAUUUCAAGCAGAUUGGUCUGAGCGCCAGCUCUGUUGGAAUACUAGCAGGAAUAAGGCCAAUUAUUCAAUUUGUUAGUGGCCCUUUCUGGGCAAUUUUAGCCGACCGGUUCAAGGCCAGGAAAGCAGUUUUGUUAUUCUCAAUUUUUUCAUGGCUCAUAAUGACCUUGGCUCUCUUGAUUCCUACAACCCACAAGACACAGUGCAAAGCCAUUAAGGAGAAUACUACUGAAGUUGACUUGUCAGUGAGUCGACGGCAGCAGUUAAUUCAAUUUGGUGCUCAGAGAGAGUACUCAAAAUCAACCUCCCAUAUGCGAGGAAAUUUCGACACUGAUAAGAACACUAAGCGGGUUGAUAAACCAAGUGGCGCAAAACUACUUUUUCAUAUUUCUCCAUUUCAAACGUACUUCCUACCAAGCUCUCAUGAAGAACCUGAUUUUGAAGUGGGCCAUCCCAACCCGAAGAUCUACGAUUUGGUUUAUGAUCAGACCGAAGUGUAUCAAGUAUUUAUUUACUUGUUGAUUUUAGUUGUAAGCGGAGAGUUCCUUGAGGCACCAACCUUCAUUAUGAUCGAUGCUGCCUUGCUGCAGAAGUUAGGAGACGAACGAAGGCAUUAUGGAAAAACUCGAUUGUUUGGAUCGUUAGGUUUUGCGUUUGCUUCAUUAACAGUUGGCGGGUUACUCGACAGCACGGAGUAUAGGUACUGUGGACGAGUUAUGAACGAUUACAGGUUGCUGUUUUAUUCAUUUGGCAUCAUCAUGGCUCUGGUAUUUUUAUUUGCAGCUUGGAUGUUUGAGUUUACGUACGAUGAAGCAGAAAAUAAGGAACUCGGAGAACACACUGGAACUACUAAAGAGAUCUUAACAUUGUUGCUUAAAUUUCAGUAUGCAUUCUUUAUUACUAUAUCGUUUUUUCUUGGAUUAUCCAAUGGAUUAUUUUUUAACUUUCUCAAUUGGUAUCUUGAGGACCUCGGAGCAAGCAAAUUAUUGAUGGGAAUUGCAACAAUUUUUCGUGCUAUUGCUUUAAUUAUUGCAUACAUAUUCAACGCGCUUUUAUCGAAGCUAUUUGGCCAUGUGCGCUUGAUGCUGUUUAGCGUGCUGGGAUAUUUUGUAUUAUUUGGAAGUUUCUCCAUCAUCCAUAAUCCUUGGUGGGCAUUGCUAUUGGAGUUCUUAGAAGGAAUUACCUACGGAACAGCUUGGUCCACAGCUGUCACUCAUUUGGCUGAUGCUACACCUCAAGGUGGUGCCGCCACAAUGCAAGGUCUCGGUUACUGAUCAGACAGUACUAUUGAUGAUGUAGAAAAUUGAUACUAUAUAGUGGAAAUGUAACAAGAUAAUUAAUUUCGCCUACAUGAUGUCUCAAGUCGGGCCUCUGUUCUUAAGAAGUCUAUAUUUAAUAACUACUUAAUCAUUUAGUAAAAUGCUAUAUAAGUAAUCAUGUCGAGUUUUCCUUUUCUCUGAACAUUAAAGCAGUGUUUUCUUUCCAGGUAUCCUUCAGGGAAUUUAUUGGGGUCUUGGAGGAGGUUUGGGCGCCAUUUUUGGAGGAAUUCUUAUGGAUGACUAUGGAGCUGUACCGUCUUUCCGUUCAGGGGCUGUUAUCUCAGCCACGGUCUUAAUUGUCAGCGGCUGUAUUCAAGCUUGCAUUUCCCAAACAAAGGAAGAAGAGAAGUUAAAAGCGUUUUGUGGAAAACGCAAUGAAAUACACUGA